AUGAUUAGUUCAUUCCUUCACUUCACAACUGCAGUAAAUCAGAAACAGGAGAUAGCCGAUUUGAUACUCCAACGACUUCUCGAAUCUCAGCAGCCAAUUCAACGAUCUAAUUGGAUCAAUUUAAUGUCUUGUAUAUCCAAUGAUAAACUAACGUGCGAUUGCCUUAAGUUAUCAUCAUCAUUUACUGCAUUUUUUCUAUGUUCAACAUACAUUCUACGACGUUCCCUACAUGAUAAAGCUGUGCAAACUCGUGUUAAACAUGUUUUCGAUGAAAUGAUCACUCAGAAUAUGCUUCGUGUUCAACUAAACGAGAUUGUCAUGAUUUUAAAACGUCUGCAAGAUCCAUUACCAGCACACGAAAAUGAGAAAGAAUUGACAGAAGUAAUUCAUUCAAUGAUUGAAACAAGUGUAGCACUUCAGAAUAAGAUCAGACUUUAUCUGUCGAAAUUGAUAAUCCAAGAUACUGAUUUGAAAUUACUGUAUGAACUAUUUCAAUAUUAUCAUCCAACCCUACUAUUCGAUCUCGACAAGCAGACAUAUCUACACUCAACUUUAAAUCAACAUGAACAACGUUCAUGUGAUUUUUAUACUAAUUGGUUUGAAUAUUUCUUAUGUGAUAUUCAUUAUGUUGAAACAGAACAAGAGUGGUCUUAUUUCCAACUUUUGAUGAACAAAUGGUUAGAUAAAAUUGUACAUGAUCGUGUACUUUUUUGUCAAAUUAUGAAAAAAAUGGAUGGUUUACUUGAGCGGCUCAAUCAUAUCGUAAAUAAUAAACCAAAAAAUCGACGUUUCACAUACUUCGAAUUUAAUAUAACAUGUUUGCUAAUUUUAAUAGGUUCUCUAUCUGAUGCUGUUAUCAAUGUUGGAUCGAAUGUACAAAACGAAAUCUUUAUUCAAGAGUUCGAAAGAAAAUUUAAAGAGAGUUACGUCCUUCCAUAUCAACAUCAAAUGAAAACGAUGGUAGCUAUUAAUAAUCCGCUGAUAACUUUAAUUGAGCUGAAUCAACGAAAAGAAGCCAUUCAUCUUGUUAAACGUCUUCUUGAGAUCUGUUGUGGUGUAAUCAAAAUUGAUCGCGAUGAAUUACUUCAUAAUACUUUCGAUUGGCCGGCAGAGAAUACUUUGACAUAUGUUAUGUUAUCUGAAAAUUGUUUUAUAGAAAUGCCCCUUCGUCGACUUAUACUUGAUCAACUUACAAAAUUCUGGAAUGUUUGGGAGGAAACAGGCUUAACAGCUCGUGAAAUAAGACGCUGGCAAAGUUUUACCGCCAAUCAACGAUAUUAUUUCGGCAAAAUAUGGAAUGUUGUUGAAAAAUUUGCAAAGAAAAACUACACAGUAGAUCGGUUAUUUGAUAAGCAGUAUCAAGAAAUGCUUGAAAAGAUAAAAAUUAAAGAAAAAAUUGUUACUUGUCUAAAUGCAUAUUGUCCGGAAGGUAGUGACAGGCAGAGUUAUAUAGUACUUCUUGAGCGUAUGCAACGACAAAUUGAUGAAGCGACAGUGCAAACGAUUGUUAUUGCACCUGAACUCAAAAAACUUGUACCUUUAGUCGAUCGUCUUAGUCAUAUUUCAAAAUCAAAUGCUUGGAUGCAUUUCUAUACUAAACAACUUGAAGCGUCCACAAGUAAUAACAACACUACACAUGAACGUGUUUCUAAAAAUAACCCGACCACGGUUAAUCGUCAACGAACAGCCAUGAUUACUACGAACGUGGAAACUAAACUAGGAGUCAAUAUAAAUACUUGCGCAGAAGUACUUACUAAUGCUAGUCAUUUUUUCGAUGAUUUUAUUGCCGAAUUGAAUACAGUUUGUAUCAAAUGGAAAAAAUUACCUAUAGUACAAUUGCUCAUGUUUUUUCCUAUUGAAUCGGUUGAAUCCGAUAUGGAAAUUCUCAAAGAGUUUCUUGAACCUGAUGUGAUACCUAAUUUACUUUGCAUAUUUACAUUCUGGAAAAAUCGAAAACGUUUGCAAGAUGUAUGUUUGGGCUUUAACGCUUUAAUGUUUGCGCUCGAACGAUUUCAUAUUUCUUCAAAUACUGAUCUCAAGACAAUACUUACCGAUUUAAUCGAAAUUAAUAAACAAACCAUUAGCGGUGUCUGUUACAAUAAAUACCAUCAUUAUAUAGAAACUGUUGAAAAGACAUAUUCGGCAAAUAUACUUAAUCUGUGUGCCGAAUUCAAUGUAUCAAGAGAACUCAUCAAAUUUUUGAAUGAACUCACUACAACUGAUGCUGAUAAUCUUCUUGAAGCUGUAAACGAUUGGGAUGAGACAAUUAUUAGCACCAAGUCUGUCAUUGAUUUUGUUAACCUCAAAACGUUUUUUACACGUGCUUACGCAUCCAUUGAGAAACUUUUCUCACGCGAGAUAAAGCUCUCAUUUCAAGAUGUUGCAAAAUGUUUUGAUGAUAUUUUUAAAGAUGAUGACUUUAAGAACGUUAUUGGAUUAUUUCAAACAUGUUCUCAGUCUGUCACAGGCAUCAAACAUCUCUAUCUUGAACUAACAGACAAAGAACAAUCCAAACGACGAUGUAUUAUGGACAUUAUGUCACAUUCGGUAUUGCAUUUCGUUAAAGACCUCCGUUCAGAACGCAUGUUUGAUGUAGAAAUAAAAGCAAAAAAUCUCAAUUUUGAUGAUUUAAGUGAAUUGCGCGAUCGAGCUCGAUUAAUUGAAUAUUCAAAUAAAAACAAAAACAAUCAAGAGCACAAAGUAGAAAUUAAGCAAUUAGAAUCAUUCGUCGAACUGGUUGGUGUAAUUGAGGCCGUAUUGGAGAAUCUUUCGUCUCUCUAUGUAGCAGGUUUUCCAACAGUAACUGAAAUAAUUAAUAAUAAAAUUGUAACUUUUAAUGAAAGCAACUAUGACGCGCUUCGUCAAUUAUACACAACUCUGAAAGAAAACCUACAACUAUGGGAAGUAAACUUGUGUCGAAUGUAUGCAAUCUAUCCCGAAUUAACUCAUUUCUCAUGUGAGCAAUUUCAAACGGUAGAAAGUUUCAUUUACAACGUCGAAAUUAACGAACAACAUCCGGGGUAUCAUCUACUCAAGUAUAUUGGAUUUAAACCAGCUUUUCAGCGAGCUACAUUGCCGCAGAAAGCGCCAAACGAAAACGAGCGUUUAGAAAAUUUGGGUAAAAUUUUGGCAACGCAAAGGCCCGUCUCAGGCGAGCUUGAAGAAAUGGAAGACAAUUUUUCAGCUCAAACCGUAAGUGUUUAUUUUCAUUUAUUACUUGGUUCUGUGAGAGCGCCAAAUUGUAUCAUGUGUUUUAUCUUUUCUCUUAAAUGUAAGAAGCAUAUUAUCAUUCUUAUUUCAUUAUUUGUUUAGAAAAUUCUAAAAAGUUCAGGGACUAAAGCAAAGUAAACUAAAAUUGUGAGUUUUCAUGACCUGACGCAAGUUUUAUUGACAUGUGAAAAUUAUCCAGUGAGGAAUAAUUUUAUCCGUAACACACCAACGCGAACGGAGUGACGAAUAGUACAAAAGAGCUAUUUAAUCAGUUCAGUUUUUGAGAAUCGAUUCAGUCGAUAUGAACCUGGAAUGUUGUUAAACUUUUAUAGCCCAGAUAGUGACGUAUAUUCGUUCGAACGAUACUAUACUUAUGCAUGAAAAUAGCAGCUCAAGGGGAGGGGGCCCCCAGUAAACAUACGCUCAAACUUUGCCAGUUUGUAGAGAAUACCUUCGGUGGUAUGCCUAUGCAAUAAAAAACUCGUUGAUAAAAUAUUGACAGAGUUAUUAAUUAAUUAAGUUCAAAAUUAAUUGAAAUUUUUGGUUUGACAGGCAUCUUUUAAAAUCUUUCUAGUUUUCGAUAUUAAUUUUAUAUUCAAUUGACUGGGAUGUGGUUUUAUAGAGAAUUGUUUGUAGAUGUAAUUCUAUACAAAAAAAGUUGAAAAAUGAUAUCUCUGACCGUUUUUUAACUACUAAUUAUAUCUGGUUAGCACUACUUAGCGGCACUCCAAUGGACAAAGUAAGUCUUCCUAAUGUCAGAACAAAUGGAAGCAAAUCAUGCGAUAUAUCAUUCGAUAGAACUUUUCAAGCUCUAUCGAUGGUUCAAGCCACUUUUUUAAAUUUUUAUCUUAUUUGUGUGAAAAAUCAGUUUUAAAUCAUUUUUGGAGUUAAAAAACUGACUAAUUAUUAAUUUUCUCAACCAGAACUCAAGUUCUAUGUAAUAAAAAUACCAUAUUGGGAUCAGAAUCGAAAACUGAAUCGAUUGAUGUGUAAUUCGAAAAUUUUGGUUCAUUGUCAUUUUUUGGUGAAAAUCUCUAUGGUCUUUCAAUGUGAAAAUUCGAAAAAAACAAGGAAGUGCUCGCAUAUGAUAGAGAUACACAUCAAUCGAUUCAGUUUUCGAUUAUGAUCCCAAUAUGGUAUUUUUAUUACAUAGAACUUGAGUUCUGGUUGAGAAAAUUAAUAAUUAGUCAGUUUUUUUAACUCCAAAAAUGAUUUAAAACUGAUUUUUCACACAAAUAAGAUAAAAAUUUAAAAAAGUGGCUCGAACCAUCGAUAGAGCUUGAAAAGUUCUUUACUUAGGGUAUUUACGGUAUUCAGGAUACCUAGGAUAUUUAAGAUGUUUAGGAUAUUUAGGGUACUUAGCAUAUUUAGGAUACCUAGGAUAUUUAAGAUAUUUAGGAUGUUUAGGAUGUUUAGGAUACUUAGGAUAUUUAAAGUCUUUAGGAUAUUUAAGAUGUUUAGGAUGUUUAGGAUAUUUAGGGUAUUUAGGGUAUUCAGGAUACUUAGUUAAGAUAUUUAGGAUAUUUAGCAUGUUUAGGAUACUUAUGAUAUUUAGGAUACUUGAGAUAUUCAGGAUACUUAGGAUAUUUAGGAUUUUUAGGAUGUUUAGGAUAUUUAGCAUAUUUAGGAUACUUAGGAUAUUUAAGAUAUUUAGGAUGUUUAAGAUACUUAGGAUAUUUAGGGUAUUCAGCUUAUUUAAGAUACUUACGGUAUUUAGGAUGUUUAGGAUAUUUAGGGUAUUUAGGAUACCUAGGAUAUUUACGAUAUUUAGGAUAUUUAUAGCAUUUAGCAUAUUUAACAUAUUUCGGAUAUUUGGGAUAACUAGGAUAUUUAGAAUAUUUAGGAUAUUUAGGUGUUAGGAUAGGUUUAGACCGCAUCUUUACGUUGGGAACUACAAUAAUUCGUGAACUUUAAAAAAAAAGAGAAAGAACUUAAAAAAAGUUGUAUUUUAUAACUUUUAUUAAAUCCCGUUCUUCUUUUCAUUCAACAAAUAUCUCAGGUAAACGAUCGUGUUCGAUUUUCAACUGACUUUUCUUCGCAAAACGUGUGAAGAACACAGUCUACCUACUAGUCUUUAUUAAAAAAAAGAGUUUUAGUAUAUAUACAAGUACAAAACUAUGUACACAUAAAAAAAGCUUUUAGUUCUCUUCGAGUCUUUUUUCUCUCUUCCUGGGCUGGCAGACCUUUUGCCUGAUAGCUGUGUUGUAGAUGGUG